AUGGAUAAUGACUUUGAUUCCUCCAAAGGCUUACUGAUGUCAACUAUGAAACGUCUUGGUAUUGUUAGUAGAGCGGGAGGUAAGAAUGUGAUGUGCUACCUCGUCUUGUUCGCCUUAUUCGUCUUCUUCGUAAUAUACUAUCUAGCGAGGUAG